GGAGCCAGAGCAUGCCGCGGCUUUCCGAUUGGCGAGAAACAGAAGAGGCGGUGCUUAGGCCGAGCCGGCGCAGGCGCCGUGGUUUCACGUGAGGGACGAGCGGGUGGUGCAGGUACCUGGGUGUUAUGGAAGGGCUGCUGACAAGAUGCAGAACACUGUCUGCCUUGGCUACCUGCAGCCACCAGCACUUCAGGUACAUCAUCCACAAGUGUCACCACAGUGCAGCAGGGAGAGGGCAGCGCUUGGCAUUAUCCCGCAUUUUCCAGCCACAGAACCUCCGGGAAGACGUAGUGCUUUCUGUGGAGGGCAAAGCCAGCAGCUUGACCUGUAAGAGUCAGUGGCUGAUGCUGCAAGUGGGCCUGAUCCUCCCAGCAAGCCCUGGUUGUUACCACCUCAUGCCCUACACAGUCCGUGCCAUGGAGAAGCUUGUACGGGUGAUAGACCAGGAGAUGCAGGCUAUUGGGGGCCAGAAAAUCAAUAUGCCCAGCCUCAGUCCAGCUGAGCUAUGGCGAGCCACCAGCCGUUGGGACCUGAUGGGCAGGGAGCUGCUGAGACUGAGGGACAGGCAUGGCAAAGAGUACUGCUUGGGACCGACUCAUGAGGAAGCAGUUACAGCUCUGGUUGCCUCCCAGAAGCAACUGUCUUAUAAGCAGCUUCCCUUACUGCUCUACCAGGUUACCAGAAAGUUUCGGGAUGAGCCAAGGCCCCGUUUCGGUCUUCUCCGUGGCCGGGAGUUCUAUAUGAAGGACAUGUACACCUUUGACUCCUCCCCUGAGGCUGCUCAGGAGACCUAUGGCCUAGUGUGUGAUGCCUACUGUAGGCUUUUUGACAGGCUGGGGUUGCGAUGGUUGAAGGCCAGGGCAGAUGUGGGCAGCAUUGGGGGCACAAUGUCCCACGAAUUCCAACUACCAGUGGACAUUGGAGAGGACCGGCUUGUAGUCUGCCCCAGCUGCCACUUCGCAGCCAACACAGAGACGCUAGACUUGUCACAAAAAAUCUGUCCUGACUGCCAGGGUCCACUGACAGAAACCAAAGGCAUUGAAGUGGGCCACACAUUCUACCUCGGUACCAAGUACUCCUCCAUUUUCAAUGCCCAGUUUACCAAUGCCAAUGGGAAAUCCUCACUGGCUGAAAUGGGGUGCUACGGCCUGGGAGUCACUCGGAUCCUGGCCGCUGCCAUCGAAGUCCUGUCUACAGAAGACUGCGUCCGCUGGCCCAGCCUCCUGGCGCCUUACCAAGUCUGCCUCAUCCCCCCUAAGAAGGGCAGUAAGGAGGUGGCAGCCACAGAGACUGUGGAACACUUAUAUGAUGACAUCACAGAGGCAGUGGCUCAGCUCCGAGGGGAGGUCCUGCUGGAUGACAGGACCCACCUGACCAUCGGAAACAGACUGAAAGAUGCCAACAAGCUUGGCUACCCCUUUGUGAUCAUUGCCGGCAAGAGGGCCCUGGAGGACCCUGCACACUUUGAGGUUUGGUGUCAGAACACGGGUGAGGUGGUCUUCCUCACCAAAGAGGGAGUCAUGGAACUGCUGGCUGCUGUCCAUGUUGUCUGAGUGCCCAGUCACACCUGUCCUCGGGGUCCGCUGUGACACCGUGGUUCCCACCACUCCUGUCUUGGCUGGUCGCUCCAGAAGUGGCUUCUCGUGGAAGGUGAGACCACGUUAGGGAAAUGUGUACUCACUCCUCGCUUGUGGUGGUUUUUACUUGUCAUUAACUUGAUCCCCACCUGGGCUGGCCAUGCUACCAUACACCAUUCCUUUUGCAUGUAGACUCUCUUGUGUCAGGAGACUGAAAGAUGAGAAAGAGACCUGAGAGCUUCUGGGUGUAGGAUGGGAAAGGUUGAAAGCCGGGGCCAUGCUUCCCCAGCCCCAUCCCAUAGUCUGACCACAUACCUUGCACUUCACUCGGUAUAGAGAGCGGGGCUACCGGCUCUUCUCCGCUGAGAAGCCACAAGCUCCGGAGAAGCAGGAAGCAGCCUGCUGCUAAGUCACUGGUGACUUGACGCCUGCUCCCCUGCUGAGCCUGGGAGUCCUUUUUGGACAUGGAGACGAGUCAGGUCUCCAAGGUCCUUAGAGCGCUCAGAGUGGCUCCACUAGACACAUGGCUCUGGCUCCUCAUUCUUCUGGCUUCCCCCAAAGCAGCCAUACCUGCCCGAUGGCCCAGAACUACCUCCAGAGACUUGACAGUGCUGGGUCACUUCUGCACUGAGAUCAUGUUCCAUUGACUGAAUAAAGGCAAGCCUUUUGAUGA